AUGAAAGUGCAGAUUAAGAAUGUGAACGGUGUAUUUGCUUGGGGUUGGCAAAUUCCUAAACAUGAUCAAAAAGUUAAGAAAGAUCACAACAAUAGCAUCGUUUCAGGGUCAGAUGUAGACCACCAAGAGCAAAAUAGUGAUGACGAAGAUGACGAAGAAGAUUUCUGUGGUAUCUGCAGAGCUAGUUUCAUUAGAGCAUGUCCUAAUUGUAAAUUUCCAAGCGAUGGCUGUCCUAUUGUGAUUGGAAAAUGUAAGCAUAAUUUCCACGUCCAUUGCAUAUUCGAAUGGUUAGAGACUGAGGCUUCUAGAGGUCUUUGUCCCAUGUGUAGGCAAGUAUUUGAAUUACGCAAAGGUGUGGUUAUUAACGAUCUGCAUUACGUUACUUUUAAAGAGUUGAUAUUGAAAAGACAAAAAGAACAGAAUGAGUUCGAAGCCACUGCAGAAGAUGAUGAAGCUCUAGCUAGAAUGAUAGCAGCACAAGAGGGUAAUAAUGGAGAUGUUCCUGUAGACGAUAUACUAGAUCAAGACAUGGUUGUCCGAUAA